UAUUAUUUGUUGUAAGUGUGAAAGAUGAAAACAGGGGUAUCGAGAAGGUGGAUACUUGUAGACAGUAAAGGACAGAGUAGUAUAUUGGAUUUGGAUAAAUAUGCUAUUAUGAAAAGAGUUUCAAUACAUGCUAGAGAUCUUCGUAUUCUUGAUCCUCUGCUUUCUUAUCCUUCUGCAAUAUUUGGCAGAUAAAAGGCUAUUGUACUCAAUUUGGAUUUGGAUAAAUAUGCUAUUAUGAAAAGAGUUUCAAUACAUGCUAGAGAUCUUCGUAUUCUUGAUCCUCUGCUUUCUUAUCCUUCUGCAAUAUUUGGCAGAUAAAAGGCUAUUGUACUCAAUUUGGAGCAUAUCAAAGCAAUUAUUACUACAGAUGAGGUAUUGAUUCGUGACCCAAUGGAUGAAAAUGUUCUUCCUGUUGUUGAAGAACUUCAAAGAAGAUUGCCAUUGCGAACUAUUAGCUUAGGAGAAGGUGAAGAUGAUGAUCAACCUGUUGUUAAUGGGACACGAAAUGAAAUGCAAACCGUUGAACCAACUGAGUUUCCUUUUAAAUUUCGAGCUGUAGAAGUAGCACUAGAAGGAGUAUGCAGUUAUCUUGACACUCAGACACGAGAACUAGAGACUGCUGCUUACCCGGCUUUAGAUGAGCUCACCUCCAAGAUUAGUAGUCGCAACCUGGAUAGAGUGUGCAAAUUGAAGAGUGCAAAAACUAAGUUGACUAGUUGGGUUCAAAAAGUAAGGGAUGAUCUCGAACAGCUUCUCGAAGAUGAUGGUAACAUGGCUGACCUUUACCUCUCAAGAAAAUUAGUUGCUGGAGUUUCAUCCCCCCUGAGUGGUCAGGUGGCACCUUACUGGUCCCCUGAUACGUCCUCAAUACUCUCAAAGUUAUUAUCCAAAACAAGCAGGACCAGCGGGAUAACUCAUGAGGGGACUGAUGUUGAGGAACUUGAAAUGUUGCUUGAGGCUUACUUUGUGCAAAUUGAAAGCACGAUGAACAAAUUGACAACGUUGCACGAAUAUAUUGAUGACACCGAGGACUAUAUCAAUAUUCAGCUGGACAAUCAUCGAAAUCAGCUGAUCCAGUUGGAGCUGUUCCUGAGUUCUGGUACAGUUUGUUUGACAGUGUACUCCUUGGUAGCAACAAUAUUGGGAAUGAAUAUUCCAGUUCCAUGGAAGAAAGACCAUGGCUACCUUUUUAAAUGGGUGGUCAUUCUUGCUGGAAUUGCUUCUGCAUCCGUUUUCCUGUCAAUAAUUACAUAUGCUAGGCACAAGGGACUUGUUGGAUCUUAAAUCUUAAAAAUUACUCCUCCGAUCUCUAUAUUAUAAUAUAAAAUACACCCUACAUGUAAA